AUACAGCAAAGGAGAAGGAAUAUCUCUUUUGUCUUUUCAGGGUUAGAUAAAGUAAUAAUAUUUUAUCCUGGAUGAUUGGUAUGGUUUUGCCGAUAUGAUACAACAAUGCUGUGUUUUCGUAAUCUAAUCUCCGAUGAUAUUUUUGUUUGGACCAGCAGCAACAACAGCAAUAGCGGAAGCGAAGCCACACCACAGGACAAUAUGAUGAGAUGAAACCAAACAGUGGCCACCGGUUACAAUGGCCUCCUUCAGACUCUCCCUUUCCCUCGACGCUUUCGAUUCCCUUCACUCAAAGUCCAACCUCCCCAAGCGACCACCCAAACCCACCUACGCAUCCAACCCAAACCCCUUCUCACGCCAACUCACCACGGAGCACUGCGACGCCAAAACGCCGUCGUUUACCGAGAGGAUGAGGGCCACGGGCAAGCUGGAGCGCAGCAACGGCGCUUACAACGUCGUCGUUCGCAUGCUCAGCAGAAGACAAGACUGGGAAGGCGCCGAGAGGCUAAUUUCCGAAAUGAAGGCCACUCUGGGCUCCGACAUGAGCUUCCACGUCUUCAACACCCUCAUCUACGCCUGCUGCAAGCGAAACCUCGUCCAAUUGGCCACCAAGUGGUUCCGCAUGAUGUUGGAAUGCCACGUGGCGCCCAACGUCGCCACCUUCGGGAUGCUCAUGGCCCUCUACCGCAAGGCCUCCAACCUCCAAGAGGCCGAAUUCGCGCUUUCCCAAAUGCGGCGCUUUCGAAUCGUUUGCCCCUCCGCCUACUCCUCGAUGGUAACCAUUUACACGCGUCUCAGGUUGUUCCAAAACGCCGAACGCGUGAUCGAGUUCAUGAGGAGGGACCACGUGGCGCCGAAUUUCGAGACCUGGUUGGUCGUGUUGAACGCCUACUGCCAGCAGGGGAAAUUGGAGGAGGCUGAGAGAGUGUUGGAGGAGAUGCGAGAGGCUGGGUUUUGUGCUGACAUCGUUGCUUAUAAUACUAUGAUAACUGGUUAUGGGAAAGCUUCUAGGAUGGAUGCUGCACAGAGGUUGUUUCUGACAAUGCAGCUGGAGCCGGAUGAGACUACUUACCGGUCCAUGAUCGAGGGUUGGGGUAGAGCUGAUAGCUACGAAUACGCGACGGGGUAUUAUAAGGAGCUCAGACGGUUGGGCUACAAGCCCAGUUCGUCGAACUUGUUUACUUUGAUUAAGUUGGAAGCUAAGUAUGGGGAUGAUGAGGGUGCUGCUAGGAUCCUUGGUGAUAUGGUGGAUUGUGGAUGUCAGUAUUCUUCAAUUGUUGCUACUCUUGUGCAUGUGUAUGAGAGGGCUGGGAAGGUUCAUAAAGUGCCUGGUUUGCUCAAAGGUUCGUUUUAUGGGCAUGUGCUGGUGAACCAGAGUUGUUGCUCAACUUUGGUCAUGGCUUAUGUGAAGCAUAGGCUGGUGGGGGAUGCCAUGAAAGUGUUGAGUGACAAGAAGUGGCAGGAUCCGCGGUACGAGGAUAACCUGUAUCAUAUUUUGAUUUGCUCGUGCAAAGAGGCGGGUUUGAUGGAGGAUGCUGUGGAGAUAUACAGUCGGAUGCCUGGAAGCGAUGAGAAGCCGAACAUGCACAUUGUGUGCACCAUGAUUGACAUUUACAGUGUCAUGGGCCGAUUCAAGGAUGCAGAAGUGUUGUAUCUGAAGCUGAAAUCUUCGGGGAUUGCCUUGGAUAUGAUUGCUUUUAGCAUUGUUGUGAGGAUGUAUGUGAAAGCUGGAUCUUUGAAAGAUGCUUGCACAGUUUUGGAUGACGUUGACAAGAGGCCAGAUAUUGUUCCAGACAAGUUUUUGUUAUGUGAUAUGCUGCGUAUUUAUCAAAGAUGUAACAUGGUGGAUAAGUUAGCUGAUCUGUACUACAAAAUCUCUAAAACUCGGGUGAAUUGGGACCAGGAACUGUAUAAUUGUGUCCUGAACUGCUGUGCGCAGGCUCUGCCGGUGGAUGAGCUUUCCAGGCUUUUCGAUGAUAUGGUACAGCGCGGAUUUUUGCCCAGCACAAUCACCUUCAAUGUCAUGCUUGAUGUCUUUGGGAAAGCCAAGCUUUUCAAGAAGGUUUGGAGGCUGUACUGCAUGGCCAAGAAACAGGGCCUGGUUGAUGUGAUCACUUACAAUACUAUCAUAGCUGCAUAUGGGAAAAAUAAAGACUUCGAGAACAUGUCAUCAACAGUCCAGAAAAUGGAAUUUGAUGGCUUUUCGGUUUCCCUUGAGGCAUACAAUUCAAUGCUGGAUGCUUAUGGGAAAGAUGGCCAAAUGGACACAUUUAGAUCUGUAUUGCAAAAGAUGAGGGAUUCAAAUUGUGCCUCUGACCACUAUACCUACAACACUAUGAUCAAUAUCUAUGGAGAGCAAGGAUGGAUUGAUGAAGUUGCUAGCGUGCUUACAGAAUUGAAAGAAUGUGGACUCAGACCUGAUUUGUGCAGCUAUAAUACAUUGAUCAAGGCAUAUGGGAUUGCAGGAAUGGUUGAAGAAGCGGUAGCAUUGAUAAAGGAAAUGAGAAAAAAUGGAAUAGAACCUGACAAGAAAACCUACACUAAUCUUGUCACCGCACUGCGGCGAAAUGAUAAAUUUUUAGAAGCAGUUAAAUGGUCAUUAUGGAUGAAGCAGAUGAAAUUAUGAAAUUCAUGAAGCUAUAGCUAGCAUUAUCCAAGUAAGUCGUCUUGGACCUUCUAACCCUGGUUGUUUGAAGAGCAGUUUGACCUUCAAGUCCUACACGAGUACAGCCUCUGAUCUAAGGCUUCCCUUGUUUCAGAUUUGCCAACCUCCAAUUGCCCCCAAGGGAUUUUCAACAUGUACGUCACCCUCCUCAACAGCACCAUGCCCAACAUGUCGUUCUAUUCUGAAGGGAGUUGUUGUCAGCGGUGGCGACGACGAUAUCAAAGGGACUAUUACUCAUGCCUACGACCGAGUAUUCAACACUUGAUGGGUGGUGGAAGAAUAAUAGCACGACAAUGGAGGGGUUGAAGACAAAGAUUGAGAGGUGGAGGACGAAGCUUACUCUCAGUACAAGGAUGAACAAUAGAAGAUACAUUGGUCGAACAACAAGAUGGAGCAAUGGCGUUACAAGCCAUUUGUGUAUCCGGAAGGUUUACUAAUGGUGUGAAUAGUGCCAAUAAGGUGUGGGUGUGUUAGAUAACUUUGUAACCAGAUGAAUUUAACAAACAUGUUACAUUGUGCACCGUGGACACAUGUAAAGCUGGUCCACACUAACAAUUGAUUUCAACUUGCUCUUAAGUUAAUUUUAAUUUUUGAAAUAAAGUUAUUUUAUUUUACUUA